GGCGGUUGGGGUGGGGCGCGCGGCCGGAGCCGGAGCGGCGGCGGGGCCGCGGUCCGGGAGGAUGGAGAGCGCCGCGGUGAACCUGCGCGGUCUCUACGAUCAGCUGGUGCGCCAGGCCGAGGUUUUGAGCGAGGGGAACGAAUUCCAGUUCCUCCAGCUGGCCAGGAACUUCGAGGAAUGCCGCAGGAGGUGGCAGAGGACGGAGCAGGAGCUGGGCAGGCACAAGGACCUGCUGCUGAAAAGCGAGGCCGAGCGCAGCGCCCUGGACGUGAAGCUCAAACACGCCCGGAACCAGGUGGAUGUGGAGAUCAAACGCAGGCAGAGGGCUGAGCUGGACUGUGAGAAGCUGGAGCGGCAGAUCCAGCUGAUCCGGGACCUGCUCAUGUGUGACUCCUCGGGCAGCAUCCAGCUCAGCGAGGAGCAGAAGUCUGUCCUGGCCUUCCUCAACAAGCCCAAGGUCUCUCUGGGGGGCUCAGGCAGCAAAAGGCUGUCCACAAUAGAUGAGUCUGGGUCCAUCCUCUCAGACAUCAGCUUCGACAAGACCGAGGACUCGCUGGACUGGGAUUCCUCCGUGGUCAAAGCUGUCAGGCUGAAGAGGAGGGAGAAGAGGCGCUCCUCCCGGCAGUUCACCGAAGGCCCCCCGGCUCCUCAGAAGAAAUCCAGAUCCCUCAGCAGCACAGCAGAGCAGGCCAACGAGUCCAUCGUUGCCAAGACCACGGUGACGGUGCCCAGCGACGGGGGCCCCAUCGAGGCCGUGUCCACCAUCCAGGCCGUGCCCUGCCCUCGCAGGAGCCGCAGGAGGAGCGGUGCUCUGCAGGCCUGGAGCAGCGAGUCCAGCGUGGGCAGCAAGCAGCUGGAGCCCAGGGUGGGCACUGAUGGCCCCAGCACCCCCCAGCACAACGGGGGCGUGAGGCUGCACGACUUUGUCACCAAAACGGUUAUCAAGCCAGAGUCGUGUGUCCCCUGUGGGAAGAGGGUGAAGUUUGGGAAGAUCUCCCUCAAGUGCAGGGACUGCAGGGUGGUGGCUCACCCCGAGUGCCGGGAGCGCUGCCCCCUGCCCUGCAUCCCCACCCUGGCAGGGACUCCUGUCAGGAUUGGAGAGGGGACCCUGAUGGAUUUUGUGCCUUCCACCCCUCCCAUGAUCCCUUCCAUCAUCGUGCACUGUGUCAACGAGAUCGAGCAGCGGGGGCUGCACGAGCCCGGCCUCUACCGCGUCCCUGGCUGCGACAGGACCGUGAGGGAGCUGAAGGAGAAGUUCCUCAGGGCCAAGAGCAUCCCCCUGCUCAGCAAGGUGGAUGAUGUCCACGCCAUCUGUGGCCUCCUCAAGGACUUCCUGCGCAGCCUCAAGGAGCCCCUGCUCACCUUCCGCCUCCACAAGGCCUUCAUGGAGGCUGCAGAGAUCCCAGACGAGGACAACAGCGUGGCUGCCACGUACCAGGCGGUGGGGGAGCUCCCCCAGGCCCACAGGGACACCCUGGCUUUCCUCAUGCUCCACCUGCAGAGGUACCUGGGGAUCCUGGAGGGUCCCUCCCAACCCAAACCACCUCUGAUUCCCAAAUUAUGUUGCUUUCUCUUGGGCAGGGGAGGUUGGAACCAGGAGAUCUUUGAGGUUUCCUCCCAACCCAAAGCACUCUGA